AUGGGUGAUUUGAUUGAUAAUGAUGUCCUCAUUACGUUAGUGGAUGCAAGACCUGUUUUGUGGGAUAAAACUUUAGAUUCAUUUAAAGACAGGAAUCUUACCAGGGAUGCAUGGAGAGAAGUUUGCUGCGCUCUGAAAAACGAUUUUGAGGUGGUGGUGGUGGUGGUGGUGGUGGUGGUGGUGGUGGUGGAGGAUAAGGAAAAAAAUGCAUUUGGAAAAGAAGUAACAAAGAGAUGGGGCAAUCUACGGGAUGCGUUCUCAAAGUCGAGGAGGAAGCUAAAAGAGUGUAAGAAAAGCGGAGCUGGUGCCCGUAACAUUAAGAAGUACGUCUACGCUGAUCAAAUGCAAUUUUUAAAUAAAUUGUUCCAGACGAGGGAAGUUGCAGAAAGUUUAGAAGGUAGAAUAGACAACGAUGAAGUCAAAGAUGUUGAUAAUACUUUACCCGAAGUCCCACUACCCCCCAAAGAGACUAUCAGUGAGAACCCCAAACCGCAAGAAUACAAAAGACGGCUUAUGCCACAUUUGAACAAGUUAGACGACAGUGAAAUUCUUGAAUUCCAAAUGGGUGUUUUGGAAGUAAUUUCUAAAAUAAAGAACAAACGGAAAAACACUGCUCAACCUCAACUCCUUCCACUGCAAAUAUCUUCCUACCAUCCUAACAACUAUCCCUUCCCGCAGCAUCAAUCAUUUUCCACAUCACAAAUGCCCUAUUCCAAUCAAUUCAGCGCAAUUAACAGCUUCCAACCACAACAGGCCCAAACCUUCCAGUCCCCAAAUCGCCAAACCCACCAAUUGAAAAAUUCACAGAAUCACAAUAACAACGAUUCAAACCACCAGCAGGCAUGCUCUUCGAAAGGACAGCCACUUGAACAUCGACAAGAACAAACCACUGCACAAUAUUAUCAAGAUUUUCGCAGAACUUCAUUAUCUCCAGAGACCUUUCCAUCGGCGAGCCCCUCCCCAGCUGGAUCAUUGUAUUCAGAUACCACCUAUGACUUUUCUUAA